CGCUCUUGACGGUCGCGUGGCCGUGACGCAGCGGCGGGAGCGGGAGCGGGAGUGGGAAUCAAUGGUUCUCUGCCCUGGUGAGGCCUGGCGACUGGGCUGGCGUACAGAAUGUGAAGUGAAGUCGGGGCGAGGUGUUUUCUCACACGUUGGGGGCCCGGAGUUGAGAAGGGGUCGGCAUGGCCAGCAUCACCCAGCUCUUCGAUGACCUGUGUGAGGCCCUCCUGCCUGCUGCCAAGACUCACCUGGGCCAGCGCAAUGUGAACCGGAAGAGGGCAAAGCAGAGCCUCAAGAGGGUGGCCUACAAUGCUCUUUUCACAAAUCUUUUUCAAGAUGAGAUGCAUCAGCUGCAGCCUGACCUGUCAAAACUCCCAGUGAGAAACAAAAUCCUAAUGUUGUCCUUUGACUUAAGAGUUGGUGGCCUGGGCCCCGAGGCAGACCGUUUGGAGGAGCUUGUGGAGGAGCUUGAAACAGCCCCUUGCUGUCCGCUUGUGGAGGUGGGGUCUGUUUUGGAUCUCCUGGUUCAGCUGGCAGGGAGUGGUCCCCCUCAAGUACUGCAAAGAAAACGGGACUACUUUCUUAACAGCAAGCAUGUUGGGAGAAACAUUCCAUAUGGUGGGUAUGACUGCUAUGACCUGAGUGUGUUUGAGAUGGACAUUCAGUCUUUGAUCUCCAGAGAGGAAUCUUUGUGUCACAGCAUGAUCCAGGAAACACUUCAGGUUAUGGAGGCUGCCCCAGGCACUGGCCUGCCCACCGUUGGGCUCUUUUCAUUUGGUGACCCUUGCAGUGACAGAUUUGAGAGAGACACCCGGGUCUCACUCUUUGGUGCCCUUGUGCACAGCCGCACUUACGACAUGGAUGUCCGACUGGACCUGCCCCCGGUGCCAGACAGUGCAGACCUCUCUGGACUGGCCAUUAAGGUUCCUCAGAGUGUGGACCAGUGGGAGGACGAAGGGUUCCAGUCAGCUUCCAAUUUGACGCCGGAUUCCCAGUCUGAACCCAGCAUGACCCCAGACCUGGACCUGUGGGAAGCCGCGCUGACUUACGAGCCCAGCAAGCGGAGGUGCUGGGAGCGAGUUGGAUGCCCCCCUGGCCACAGAGAGGAGCCCUACCUCACAGAGGCGGGAAGGGACGCCUUUGACAGGUUCUGCAGGCUGCGCCAAGGGGAGCUGCAGCUGCUCAGCGGGGGCCUCCUGCAGGCCCCGCAGCCCGUGCUGGUGAAGGAGUGCGAGCUGGUGAAGGAUGCGCUGAACGUCCUGAUCGGGGUUGUGUCCGCCACGUUUUCCCUCUGCCAGCCGGCCCAGGCCUUCGUGGUGAAGCGCGGCGUCCACGUGUCGGGAGCGUCUCCCGAGAGCGUCGGCAGCCUUCUCUCGGAGGUGGCCGAAUACGGGACCCACUACACACGCCUGAGUCACUUCUCCCUGCAGCCCGUCCUGGACUCCUCAUACAACAAGGGCCUCGUGUUCCAGGCCUUCACCAGCGGCCUGAGGAGGUACCUGCAGUACUACCGGGCCUGCGUUCUCUCAACACCGCCCACCUUGAGCCUCCUCACCAUCGGCUUUCUCUUCAAGAAACUGGGCCGGCAGCUCAGGUACCUGGCUGAGCUCUGUGGCGUGGGCACUGCGCUCCCAGGAGCCAGCGGAGGAGGGCCCAGGGCUGCGUUCCCCACGGGAGUAAAGCUGCUGUCCUACCUAUACCAGGAGGCGCUGGAUAACUGCAGCAACGAGCACUACCCUGUGCUGCUGUCCCUGCUGAAGACCAGCUGCGAGCCCUACACGCGGUUCAUUCACGACUGGGUGUACAGUGGGGUCUUCAGAGACGUUUACGGCGAGUUCAUGAUCCAGGUGAACCAUGAAUACCUGGGCUUCAGAGAUAAGUUUUACUGGACCCACGGCUAUGUGCUCAUUUCCAAAGAAGUGGAGGACUGCGUACCUGUGUUCCUGAAGCACAUUGCCUACGACGUGUACGUCUGUGGCAAGACCAUCAACCUGCUGAAGCUGUGCUGCCCCCGGCAUUACCUCUGCUGGUCUGACACCCCCGUGCCUCGCAUCUCAGUGAUCUUCUCCCUCGAGGAGCUGAAGGAGGUUGAGAGGGACUGCGCCGUCUACGUGGGGCGGAUGGAGAGGGUGGCUCGCCACAGCUCCAUUAGCAAGGAGGAGAAGGAACUACGUAUGGAAAUUGCGAAGCAAGAGUUAAUUGUCCAUGCCCGGGAAGCAGCGUCCAGGGUGCUGAGUGCGCUGAGCGACCGGCAGAUGUCGGAGCAGAUGGCCUUGGACGCCCGGAAGCGGGAGCAGUUUCAGAGGCUGAAGGAGCAGUUCCUGAAGGACCAGGAGCGGCGCCGGGCGGCCAGGCAGGAGGAGCUGGAUGACGACUUCAGCUACGCCCGCGAGCUCCGAGACAGGGAGAGGAGGCUGAGGGCCCUGGAGGAGGAGCUGGAGAGGAAGGCAAGGCAGGCGCUGGUCGACCACUACAGCAAGCUGUCUGCGGACGCGGCUCGGCGGGAGCAGAGGGCGCUGUGGAGAAUCCAGAGGCACCGGCUGGAAAGCGAGCGUCUGCGUUUCCUCUUAGAAGAUCAGAAACGCAUUCAGGGCAUGCUGAAGGACGCGUCAGAGGUUCCCAAGCCCCAGGAGCCACCGGCCAUCCUCCCGAGUGCUCACUCCCAGGCCGUGUCUCCAAGUCCUGAGCACCCAGAUGGAGGCCAGGGCUGCGACUCCAGGCUCAGAGAGCAGCACUUGGCGGCCCAGGACUACCACAGCCAGCCGAGCGUGCCGACGCCACAGCUCCUGGAGGCUGCAGCCGUGGGCGCUGGUGGCACAGGCUCCCAGCAGGUGGCGGGGGCUGAGCAGCCGGUGCAGACUGGCGAGGUCCCACUCCUGGAGGAAGUGCUGCAGACCAUCAGCUCAGACCUGCCCUCUGCGGCUCUCGGGGAGACGCCUGUGGCAGCCAGCACUCAGCCCUCCGGGCCGCAGGAGUACGACUUCAGCACCAUCCUGAGGCCAGCUGUGGCCACUGCACCUGCACCAGGGCCCUUCCUGGCUGAAGAGGGCUGUGCGUGCAGCUCAGAGCAGCAGGUGUGGGGGGACACCUGCAUGCAGCUGGAUGCACGUGUCCCUGACACACAGGUGGCUCUGCCUCAGCCACAGCCACCCAGCCACGUCAGUCCUGAGGGGAGUAGCUGGCCCACAGAGCAGCUCCUCGGGCACCUGUCUGGGGCUGCUGUUCCCACAGAAGGCUGCGCUCCUGGAACAGCUCCCUCCCGGCCACAGUGGAACAUCCACGGACAUGCGUCAGACGCCAGCAUCAGGGUUGGGGAGAACGUGUCAGACGUGGCUCCCACUCGGCCACGGUGGAACAUCCACGGACACGCGUCAGACGCCAACAUCAGAGUUGGGGAGAACGUGUCAGACGUGGCUCCCUCCCAGCCACGGUGGAACAUCCACGGACACGCGUCAGAUGCCAACAUCAGAGUUGGGGAGAAUGUGUCAGACGUGGCUCCCACUCAGCCAAGGUGGAACAUCCAUGGACACGCGUCAGACGCCAACAUCAGGGUUGGGGAGAACGUGUCAGACGUGGCUCCCUCCCAGCCACGGUGGAAUGUCCAUGGACACGCAUCAGACGCCAACAUCAGGGUUGGGGAGAACGUGUCAGACGUGGCUCCCUCCCAGCCACGGUGGAAUGUCCAUGGACACGUCUCUCAGUCCCACAUGAUGCUGGGGCCACUGUCACCAGAAGCUGAGCCUAACGUACCCACGCCCCACGGGAGCCCCCCUGGCCAGCUGUCCCAGGCAGGCCUCCACCUGGGGGCGCAGAGCCCUGCCCUGGAAUGUGGUUCCCAGUCCCCUGUAGAAGUGCCGUCCGUGUGCUCCUCCGGCUUGGGCAGCGGGGAAGAGACCAGCCUCCAGACCUCGACCUCUGCCGUGGCCAGGCCCGAUGCUCUGGGAGACGGCGUCCCCGAGGAGCCAGGCCCAGGGAGGAGUGGAGGUGCUGAGGACACGUCUCCACGUCGGCCUCUAGGCCCACAGGAAGACACGGCUGUCCCGAUCCUGCUCACUCAUGGUUGCUCCCUGCCCACCCCGCUGUCCACCCUGCCGCUGCCCAUGCUCAUCUCCUCUGCCCACUCCUGCCACCCCCUGCUGUACCUGCCCUCUGCCACCCUUGCCACCUGUGCCCGCUCCUGCCUCUGUUCACCUUCUGCCCGUCUGCUUCUGCUCACCUUCGCCCACCCCUGCAUCUCCUUGGUGAACAAGGCCGCAGUCGACUACUUCUUUGUGGAGCUGCACCUCGAGGCUCACUGCGAGGCCCUGCGGCACUUCCUGCUGAUGGAGGACGGCGAGUUUGCUCAGUCCCUCAGCGACCUGCUCUUCGAGAAGCUCGGGGCGGGCCAGACGCCGGGGGAGCUGCUCAACCCACUGGUCCUCAACUCCGUCCUGAGCAAGGCGCUGCAGUACAGCCUGCACGGCGACACCCCGCACGCCGCCAACCUCUCCUUCGCCCUCAAGUACCUGCCGGAGGUGUUUGCGCCUAACGCCCCGGACGUGUUGAGCUGCUUGGAGCUCAGGUACAAGGUCGACUGGCCCCUCAACAUGGUCAUCACCGAGAGCUGCCUGGGCAAGUACAGCGGCAUCUUCUCCUUCCUGCUGCAGCUGAAGCUCAUGAUGUGGACGCUCAAGGACGUCUGCUUCCACCUCAAGCGCACAGCCCUGGUGAGCCACAUGGCCAGCUCCGUGCAGUUCCGCCAGCUGCAGCUGUUCAAGCACGAGAUGCAGCACUUCGUCAAGGUCAUCCAGGGCUACAUCGCCAACCAGAUCCUGCACGUCACCUGGUGCGAGUUCAGGGCCCGGCUGGCCGCGGUGCGAGACCUCGAGGACAUCCAGCGCGCUCACGCCGAGUACCUGCACAAGGCCGUCUUCAGGGGCCUGCUGACGGAGAAGGCGGCGCCGGUCAUGAACAUCAUCCACAGCGUCUUCAGCCUCGUGCUCAAGUUCCGCAGCCAGCUCAUGGCCCAGGCCUGGGGCCCCGCCGGCGGCCCUCGGGGCGCUGAGCACCCCAACUUCGCCCUCAUGCAGCAGUCCUACAGCACUUUCAAGUACUACUCCCACUUCCUGUUCAAAGUGGUGACCAAGCUGGUGAACCGCGGCUACCAGCCCCACCUGGAGGACUUCCUGCUGCGCAUCAACUUCAACAACUACUACCAGGACACCUGAGGCUGCUCCUCGGGGACGCGAGGAAUAAAGGUGCCCUCAGCCC